GUGAGUUAGUUAGUCUACAUGAGCCUAUGAAUAUGAAAACAACUACCCAAUAUCAAUUAGUUUAAUCAAGCACACCAUAUCCAAAGACACACUCGAAUGUCGUUAAGCUUGUAGGACCUUUGACGGUUACCUUUCUUCGUCUCAGCAGCCACAUUCCAAAAUGUACCUCACUUAAGCAAAGCUCACUAUGAAUCUUUCUUGCAAAAAUUUCCAAGUCUUCCACAAAUAUUGCAUGAACAUCGGUCUUGGAAAGCUAUGGCGAUCUCAAACACUCAUUAGACUCCGAACAUCCGACUCUUUUCCAUUCUCGGACUCUAUGUUGAUACAUAAAUAUACUUUGAGACUUGGUAGUCAUAUCAAAUAUUCUGCCCACUUCAAUGUGUGUCUCAGCCUUGGAGGGUUGUUGGCGGAACUCAGAAGCUCCCCAGUGUUUUUGAAAAACAUCCCCGCCACUCAAAAAACUAAAACGGAAUUCGUCUGCUCGAGACAAACGUCAAUAACCGAGGAGGACGUAUCGCUCACUGGCGGAAGACUGUACGGUGAUAUCUUGCUGGCUGUAUUGUUGUUCAUUAGAUAGAGCAGUUCAGUCUCAACUCACACUUCCCCAUUAACAAGCACAGAAA